AUGCCCAUAACAAUCAGAAGAGCCACAAUUGAUGAUAUCCUGGCAAUGCAAAAUGCCAAUCUAACUAAUUUGCCAGAAAAUUACAUGUUAAAAUAUUAUAUGUAUCAUAUAUUAUCAUGGCCUGAAGCUUCAUUUGUUGCAAGUACUACAGAUAUAGGCACAAACAACAAUACUUCGGAUGUUUUAAAUAUCAAAUUAGACCCUCAAUAUGUUAGGAGUGGAGAAAAAAUUGUUGGUUAUGUAUUAGCUAAAAUGAACGAUGAUCCAGAAGCUAAGGAGGAAGAUAAGGCCACAGGGCAUAUAACAUCCCUAAGUGUCAUGAGAACGUAUAGAAGAAUGGGUAUUGCUGAGAAAUUAAUGAGACAAGCAUUAUUUGCAUUAAAAGAAGUUUAUCAUGCCGAUAAAGUUUCGUUGCACGUAAGAAAAAGUAAUCUUGCUGCUUUACAUUUAUAUCAAAAAACUUUGGAAUUUGAAGUGUUAAAUGUGGAAAGUUCAUAUUACCAAGAUGGAGAAGACGCCUAUGCGAUGAGAAAAAUUUUAAAGUUGGAUGAAUUGCUUCCAAGUAAUUUCCAAAGAAGUGAGUUAGUGGACGAUUUGGAAAGUGAUUUACUGGCAUGA